AAUGAAAUUGCCCAAUCAAAUUUCAUAGAGACAACCUAACCGACAUGAACAAGGAAAAAAGAACCAUUAAUCAGUAAAUAAAAUGCUACAACCUUAAAGGGGGUGAUUGCAAGGUCACCCUCAUAUAUCCUACACCUACACAAUAUUGCUUAGCUUUUUGUUUGCUUACACCAACAUAUCUUUAAAUCAAUCCCUCUUUCUCUACUCCUCUCUCAGGAAGAUUCAGAGUCAGCUCAUCAGAUCUCUGUCUCUCUCUGUUUGUCCCAAGAUGAAGAACAACAACAGUAGUAACACCAAGCUAAUCCUCCUCCACCCCUACAUCCAGAAACAAGGCAGCUCCAACCGCCUAUGGCUCCUAGCCUUCGUUUCCUUCUUCACGCUUGCAUUCCUCCUCACGCUCAUCUACACUAGAGAGUCCACAAACACUGCUGCUGCCGCUGCCGUAGGCUCCUCCACCUUUGGCAGUGCGCCGCUGGCAACCACUGUCAUCAACACCCUCAUCCACUACGCCUCAAUAUCCAACCACUCAUUCCACAUGUCGUACGCGGAGCUAAAGCAAAUCUCUGACGUGCUUCGGAAGUGCUCGUCCCCGUGCAACCUCCUGGUGUUCGGCCUCACCCACGAGACCCUUCUCUGGAAAGCCCUCAACCACAACGGCAGGACGGUGUUCAUCGACGAGAACCGGUACUACGCCGCUUACGUGGAAGAGAAACACCCAGAAAUCGACGCCUACGACGUGCAGUACACGACGAAGCUGAGCGACCUCCACGAGCUCGUAGCUUCGACAAAGAAACAGAUACGGAACGAGUGCCGGCCGGUGCAAAACCUGCUGUUUUCGGAGUGUAAGCUCGGGCUUAACGACCUUCCCAACCAUGUGUAUGAGGUGGACUGGGAUGUCAUAUUGGUGGACGGGCCGCGCGGGGAGUGGCCGGACGCUCCGGGUCGGAUGUCACCCAUAUUCACCGCCGGCGUGCUUGCGAGGAGCAAGAAGAGCGGGAACGCUAAGACGCACGUGCUUGUGCAUGACUUCUAUGGGGAGGUGGAGAGGGUUUGUGCGGAUGAGUUUUUGUGUAGAGAGAAUUUGGUGGAGUCGAGUGACAUGCUUGGGCAUUAUGUUUUGGAGAGAAUGGAUGCGAAUAGCUUCGAGUUCUGUCGCAACAGCACAGCAACAAAAGCUUCAUCUUCUUAGCUAGCUAUGCUCUAUUUUCAUCGUUCGUCAUCUCCAUCUUCAUAAUCAGCGUAGUCCCAGUGGGUCAAUCGCAUAAAGUACUGGUGAAAGUGGCUAUUUAUGAUCAUUUUGAUCUUUUUAAGAACAACUUGUUGCUCGGGUGGCCGGGGUAUGUAAAAAAUAAUUCUUUUGCCAUUGCAAACUGUAAUUUCAUUGAAUUCAAGAUUCUGCUUUUCCAUUA